CAGACGGUGAGAGAGAGACUGACGGAGAGAGAGAGAGAGACAGACGGAGAGAGAGAGAGAGAGACAGAGACUUACAGAGAAAGACACAGAGACAGACAGUCAGUCAGACAUGAGUGUGUACAGUGAGGAUGUCAGAGACGAGUUGGAGAGUUUGGGGUGGUACCACUAUGACCUGUCCCGCCAUGCCUCAGAGGCCCUGCUCCUGUCCAACGGUAGAGAUGGAAGUUAUCUCCUACGAAGCAGUAAUGAAGGAGCUGAUUGCUUCGCCUUGUCUGUCAGAGCAAAGGAUUCAGUCAAACAUUUUCAUGUGACCCGCAAAGGCAAAAGUUACAGCUUUGGAUUUAACGAGUUUAAAACCCUCCAAGACUUUGUCAACCACUUUGCCAACCAGCCUCUACUGGGCAGCGACACGGGAACUCUCAUUGUGUUGAAAUGUCCGUAUCCAUGGCGGGUAGAGGAACCAUCAAUCUAUGAGUCAGUGCGAGUCCACACUGCCAUACAGACGGGGAGAACAGAAACUGAUCUGGUGGCUAACGCACCAUCGUUGGGGACAAAGGAAGGAUAUCUGGUGAAACAAGGAGCAAUAGUGAAGAACUGGAAACAGCGCUGGUUCACUCUCAACAGAUACGAACUGAAAUACUUCAAGGACAAAACGUGUGAUGAGCCGCUUCGUACCCUGGAUCUGAGAGAGUGUUCUGCAGUCCAGUUUGACUACUCUCAGGACAGAGUCAACUGUUUCUGCCUGGUGUUUCCAGAGAGGACAUUUUAUCUUUGUGCAAAGACAGGAGUGGAGGCCGAUGAGUGGAUCAAGAUCCUUCAGUGGAAACUGUCACAGGUCAGAAAAGGUCGAUGAUGGUGGCAGUGGUCGGAGUCAGAAGAAGAAAUAGAAGACGUCGGCCUCAUGGACAGAAAAUGACCUUCAUGUCCUGGACUCAAGUGCUCUGAUGCAUCAGGUGAUCUUCAACACCUGCUGUGCCCCCCCCACCGCCAGGUGAAAAGACGGUGAUGGCGACCGAAACAUGGACAAAUUCUUUUCUCCGUUUGCACAUCAGCUUCUUGUUGUAAGACUGCCACCACCUGGCCACUUGCGGCUCUGCACAGAUUAUUUUUCUUCUUUUGUAGAUUUGUCACAAAUAAAGUAUGUUGGAUUUACUUU